UGGCGGAGUGGCGGUAUCCUAUCACUGAUUAGGACACUGCUCUCCUGUAUUACUUAAAUUUCAAAUAAUUUUUUGAUCAGCGUCAAACUUUUGUUUUUCAAAUCAAUUUGAUCAAUAAUAGUAAAGCUCUGAAGUCUUCUACGCUGCGAUAUUAUCGCAUUCAAAACAUUCAAGUUUAUUCAUCAGCCGCAGUAUUGAUAAGCUGACUUUAUGCCGGUAAUGAACCGACCUUCAUUCAUAAAAAAUAUCUUAUAUUAUUAUUUUACCAACUCAGUUGUUCAUGUUCAGUUAAUAUUAUAUAAAUGCUCGAAAAUUAUUAAUGACUGGAUUGAUCGAUCUGUGUUCUUGAAUUGAUGGUAAAUGGUGAUUGUAUUUCAAUAUUGUCGUCCUUAAAUAACUACAUAUUUUAUCUGGAAGUUACGGUUGUUCAUCAUGUCCUAAUUUUUUUCGCCUCAGUAGUUACCCAAAAUUAGUAAAUCUUGUAUGAUUCAGUUUUCACCAUCAUACGAUAGGUCAUUGAAGUUCAUACGUCGAGAAUCCGAGAUAUUUAGUACCUUACGUGACUGAGCCGAAGAAAAUUCAAAUUGAAAUCACCUUGGGUUGUUCAUAGCCAUCGAACGAACAAAUCUUCGAAAAAGGAAAGCAAAGUCGAUCCAGUCGUUACAAUAUUCUUGUUGUAUUACGUAGCUGCAACUCUCAAGUUUUCAAUUCUGCGGCUAAACCAUUCGAAGGUUCGUUGAUCGAAAAGUGUUGCAACAUUCAACUGUAAAAAUGUUUUCCAUCUGCAAAGGUCACAGACAUCUGUCGAAGCAGUUAUAUUAUUUCCACACUGGUACCACCGUAGAGAUAUUUCCCAAUCUUCGAGGUCGUAAUUACUUCUCAGAAAAAUCGUAUCACGUGCAAGAAACAGAAACAACUGUGCUUUCUAGCUCACAAGAUCAUGUUGAGUUUCCAAAGGUAGUUCGUUACGCUCGUAAUUCUAAUUUGAAACAGGCAUUCCUUAGCUUGUCAAAUAACGCUAAUUUUUCCAAGGAAUUACGUUACAUGCACACGGAAAAUAACCAACAGAAAAUCGUCUGCUUCAAAACACACGCUGAUUUCUCCAAGCAGUUGAAUUCUAUAAUAAAAAACCAAAACUCGACCGAGGAAAUUGGUAAUUUGGUGGAAGAAUGGCUCAUAUGUUUCGAUUCUUUGGACGGAAAUCAAGCUAGUACAAUUUCCGGCACUUUCAAUAGUUUAUUAAGGUGCAAUAUUUUCGGUACCAAAUGGAACUCCAAAUAUCGAGAAAAUUUCAGAACGUUAAUCAUUAAAUUGACUGAGAAAGGAGACCGGUUAUUAGAUCCAAAUAGUCGAGCUCUAUCUAAAUUUAGCUCUUUUCAGGUUGCUAAUAGUUUGAAGGCGUUAUCAAAAUGGGAUGUGUUGAAUAGCAACGUAUGGGGAGGUUGUGUUCAAAUUCGUAACCGGAAAAUUGCCAAGGUAGAUUUAUUCAAAUCUGUGAUUAGUGGUCUGAUAUGUCGAGGAACUUGGAUACUGGAGAAUGAAACAGCCGAUCAAUUUGAUUCUCAAGGUAUCAGUAAUUGUCUAAUUGCUCUAUCUAAAUGGGAUAUUAACGAGUUGGAAGGAUCCCAGAAAUUCGUCAGUCGUUUAGUAAAACAAGGCAUCAAAGUUAUCGAUCAGUUCAAUCCUUUAACUGUUUCAAAGUGCCUGAGUGCUUUGUCUGGGUGGAAUAUAGGCGACUUCGAAGGUGCCAGAGAAUUCAUCGUACUACUGCUUAAACCAGGAAGUUCAACCGAUAAUAGAUUAUCUCCUCUGAGUAUCGCCAAAACGUUGAAUACGAUGUCUAAAUGGGACUUCGAAGAAUUCCAAGGAGCCAAGGAGUUUAUAACUUACUUAAUGAAACAAGGAACUUCGGUGGCUGCUGAAUUCAAUUCCAUGGAGAUCGCACACAGUUUGAAUGCUUUGUCCAAGUGGAACGUUGACGAUAUGCAAGAAGCUAGAGGUUUUAUCGUUUCGUUGAUCAAAUAUGGAGACUCUAUCAUCGAUACAUUUACUUGCCAAGAUAUCAGUAACAGUUUGAAUGCGUUUUGCAAAUGGAAUAUCGAUGAAUUACGCGGUUCCAAAGAGUUCAUCGUUAAGUUAAUAAAACGAGGAAGCUCAAUAGUUGGUGGUUUUGAUUCUCAAGAGAUCGGCAAUAGUUUGAACGCAUUGUCCAAAUGGAAUAUCGAUGAGUUAGACGGAAGUAAACAAUUCAUAGUACAAUUGGUCAGAUGUGGAAUUCUAACAGCUGAUACAUUCGACUCGUUAAAUAUUUCUAGCUCCUUAAACGCCCUUUCGAAAUGGGAUAUCGAUGAAUUCGAAAGAACCAGGGAAUUUAUUACCAGAUUAAUAAAACGCGGCCAUUCGGUAAUUGAUAGAUUCACUUCCCGGCGUAUCGCCAACAGCUUGAAUGCUCUCAGUAAAUGGGAUAUCGAAGAAUUUGACGGAGCCAAAGAGUUUAUCGUAGAGCUACUGAAGCGAGGAAAUAACUCAGUUGGCAGAUUCAAUGCUCAAGAUACUGCAAAUAUCUUGAAUGCUAUGGCCAAGUGGGAAAUUGACGAGUUCGAAGGAACUAGAGAAUUCAUCGUUCGUUUAAUUAAAGGUGAGAAUUCAACAAUCACCGGAUUCGAUUCCCAGAGUAUUAGUAAUUGCUUAAAUGCUCUUUCCAAGUGGAACGUCGAUGAAUUGGAAGGAGCUAAGAAAUUUAUUGCAGAACUGGUCAAACAAGGGAAUCCAAUUUCUGAUGAAUUCAAUUCGCAAGAGGUCGUUAAUAGCUUAAAUGCGCUAUCAAAGUGGAAUAUUGUUGGAAUUCAAACAGCUAGAGAUUUUAUCGUCAAUUUAAUUACUCGUGGAAGUGCUAUCGUUGACGAAUUUGAACCUCAACAUGUUUCCAGCGGUUUGAACUCUGUGUGUAAAUUGAACAUUUUCGAUGGCAAGAAAUGGAAUGAUGAUCAGUUGAAAAACUUUAAACAUUUCGUUAUUAAACUUGCUGAAAAGGGGACUGAAAUAUGCGACGAGUUUAAUUCCAGAAAUUUCGCUGAAAUAUUCGAUGCUUUUUCAAGACUGAAAAUUCUAAGUAACGAAAAAUGGACACCGGAUGAACAGAACUGCUUGAAGAAUUUCCUCAUCAGUCUUUCCAGUCUAGAUUCUUCGUGUAAAGAUUACACUCUUGCGGAGAUUUCAAAAAUAUAUAGAGUGAUAUCUGAUUUGAAUAUUAAUGAUGAAUUCGACUCGAAACAGAUUAAUCAGUUCAAAGAUCUCGUCAAUAAUCUGGAAAACCGACUUCUCACCCUUGAAAAUAAACAGGAUCCGGAGAAACCUGAAGUUAAUAUCAGAUUUGUCGUUCAAAUUAUCGAAAAUUUACCUAAGUUGAGGUCUAAAAAUCUUAUUCUAUCUGAAAAUAGGUUACUGGUUUCGUUAAUGUGUUGUUUAAGCAGUAAUGUGGAGAAUUGCGAAUCUUCUCCUUUGAAGAACGAUUUGACUCGAAGAAGUAUUUUGUUUGGAUUGCACGAUCUUUUGAAAAUAACCAGCGAAUUGGAAGAUAGACAGGUUUUGGUAGGAGCAUUUGAUGAGAGUUUGUCUAAAAUAUACAAUAGGAUAGUUGAAAUUGAUUUGAAUCAUGUUGACGAAAUAGAAGACCUAGUUUAUGAAUUUGAUAAAUUACAAGUAAUUCGAGAUAUGCAGUUUUUGUCUAGGUAAAUGAUUGUUUUUAAGCUGUGACUGUGAUAAUUUAGUUAGGUUUGGAAAUUUCUUUGAUCGAACGUGUUAUUUUUUGAUUUUAAAGGAAUAAGAUUGAAAUAUCAAGCUCAUUGGAUAUGUACAAAAAUGAAGGUUAUUUUCUGUUCUAUUCAAAUUAUUUUUAAUUACUUACCUGUUUUUUAUUUUUAUAGUGAAACUUUCUACCUAUUUUGCUAUUAUUCCAGUGUUCGUUUCGUUGUGUGUGUAUUUUUUUUUUUCGUUUACCUAUUUGUAUUUUCCAUACCUAUGUAAUUUAAUUUUCAAUAAAUCGUUGAAAUCUGAA